GAGAGGGUGAGGAAAGGAGUGGGGGCAGAGGAGGAGAGAGGAGGGGAGAGAGAAAAACGCGCUGAAAGAAGCCUGGCAUAGUUUUGUGGGGACUGUGGAAGAAGAUGUAACGGAGCUCAGAAGCGCUCUCCCCGGGAUGGAAACCUGGAUUAGUGUCCCUGCUGAGACCCACUGUGGAUGUGCGAGCGAACCGGCAGGAGAUGCGGGGCAACGGGUGGAUUCUAAAGCCUUGUCACAAAAUGGGAACUAACUGCUCGUUUUCGCUGUAGUGCAAAGCUCACUGUGGGUGUGUGUGGGAUGUUGUGUCAGGGCUAAAGCCCAUCCCUCUCCCAUGAGCCUGUGGGCCUCCACACACACACCCGGCGCCCACUCACACACAGCCGGCACUGACGCUGUGAACUGGACCCUCUGAGCCCAACGGAUCCCAGCGGAGCGGUGUCUAGCCCAGUUGGAGCCUGAGGAUGUCAACAGAGACAGAGCUACAGCCAGCGGUCAGGCCCAGCAGUGUCAGACGGGACUCCAAAAGGAAAGGGCAGGAUCGCAGUGAGGUGGCUCUCAUCAGACGCUUUAAGGGCGAUGGCGUCCGCUACAAGGCCAAGCUCAUCGGCCUGGACGAAGUCACUGCGGCCCGUGGAGACAAACUCUGCCAGGACUCAAUGAUGAAGCUCAAGGGUAUAGCUGCUGCAGCACGGUCCAAAGGAGAUCACAAACAGAAGGUGUUUCUGACUGUUUCCUUUGGAGGGAUCAAGAUCUUUGAUGAGAAGUCAGGGGUCCUCCAUCACCACCAUGCGGUCCACGAGAUCUCCUACAUUGCCAAGGACAUCACGGACCACCGAGCCUUCGGCUACGUCUGCGGGAAGGAAGGGAACCACCGCUUCAUGGCCAUCAAGACGUCACAGUCGGCUGAGCCUGUGAUUCUGGACCUGCGGGACUUGUUCCAGCUCAUCUAUGAGAUCAAGCAGAGAGAAGAGAUGGAGAAGAAGGCCCAGAAAGACAAGCAGUGUGAACAGGCCGUCUACCAGACAAUACUGGAGGAGGAUCUGGAGGACCCGGUGUACCAGUACAUUGUGUUUGAGGCGGGACACGAGCCCAUCCGUGACCAAUCGGAAGAGGGCAUUUAUCAGGUUCCCACCAGUCAGCAGAAGGAAGGGGUCUAUGACGUCCCAAAGCGACACCCAAACGGACAUCAAAACACCCCCCACCAUCACCAUCAUCAUCAGCACCAUCAUGUCCAUGAUCAGCCCCUCCAACAAGAACAAACUGAGCAGCAGCAGCAGCAGCAGGAGGCAGUGGAAGAUCUGAUAGACUUAGGCCUGGGGAAGAAUAUCAACCAGUUAGAGAUUUUCGGAGACAUGUCCACGCCUCCUGACAUCACCUCUCCGUCGACUCCCGCCUCUCCAGCCAACACCCUUGACCAUUCGCUGGGUCUGCAGCCUCCCACGGAACUGUUUUCUCCCUUCAAUCCUGCAUCUGUGCCCUCAGGUUAUGUGACGAUGGGAGCGGUACCCCCCGGCCACUGGUCCCAGCAGGCAUUCGCUGCCCAGACGCCGCUGGCCUUCGGGGUCCAGUCUCCGCUAGGCCCAAUGGCCCAGGUCCUGCCAGGCGGCCAGCCUCUCAUCUGGGGCCAGGCCAACAUCUUCCCUGCCACCCAGCAGCAGUGGGCAGCCAUGGCAGCCGGAGCCUUCUCCCCUACAGCCUACCUCCCUGGCCAGCCUGUGGGCACCCUGCCCGCCGCCAUGUUCCAGACUCUCACCCCCGUCACGACUCUGACUCCAGCCGGCGAGUGCCAUUCAGGAGCUGGAGCGAGCGCCUCAGCUGCUUCCCCUUCAGCGUCGUCGAGUCCGCAGCAUGGAGAGAGGGGGAAGAAGAUGGGCAAGGAAAUGUUCAAGGACUUUCAGCUGGCGAAGCCUCCGGCCAUGCCCUCAAAGAGGGGUGAACAGCCCAGCUUAGCAGGGACCACAGAUGCAUUCAGCAGUUACUUCAGCCGUGUGGGCACUGCCACGGACACGGACGACUGUGACGACUUUGACAUUUCCCACAUGAAUCUGACACCAGUCACCUCCACAACACCAUCCACCAACUCGCCGCCCACCCCAGCUCCCAGGCAGAGCCCUCCCUCCAAGUCCUCCGCCUCCCAUGUCAGUGACCCCCCCACAGACGCCACGGACCCCCCCACAGACGACUCAUUUGGGGAAGCAGAGGGCAGCCCUAUUCGCAGUGGAGAGGAGGAUGCUGUGGGGAAGGACCCUCUCUACGCCCAGAUCAACAAAGGGAAGAAAUAAUGAGACACACAGGAAGACGGACCUGACUAGCACUGAGAGAAAAGGAGGAGAUCUAUGUGUGCGGGUGUGUGUGUCUGUUUGUAUGUAUGUGUGUGUGAGUGUGAGUGUGUGUCCUUCUCCUCUGGCUAUCAACCUCCCAGGAGGAGCCUCCACACUCCUCCUGUCCCCCUUCUCGUCGUCGUCGUCCUCCUCCUCCUCCUCCUCCUCCUCCUCCUCCUCUGUGCAGUCCUCUCUCCUCCUGAGAGGAAGGAGCCCUCUUCGUCACUCCAAGCAGGAGGGAUGUCAAUCAAUCCACCUCUCCCUCCACGCUGUGUUGUCUUCUCCUCUUCUCUCCUCCUCCUCCCUGGGGCGAGUCACACCCAGCCUUACAGACAUAACCUGAUCCUCCCUUCUCUCUCUCUCUCUCUCUCUCUUCCCCACCUCUUCCUGUCUGUUCACCCUCACACUCCUCCCUCUGCCUCCUGUGUCUGGCCAGAGUCUGUGCUGCCAAGGAGGGACUGAAUCAAGCAGUGCCUCUCUAUCUCCGACCCCCACACACACAAGCACCCUCAUUGGGAUAAGAGUGAUAAACUUUCCUCUCCAGUCUCCCUCUGUAGCAAGGACAUCCCACAGGAGGAGGCAGACUCUUAACGGGCCUAUCAGGGACGGCCCGUUCCUGGGAUCACUGCUUCUGAUUGGUUGGUUGGUGGCUGGUUCGGGCGUAUUCUCCGCAUUCUUGUGAGUGUCUGCUUGAUCUCUAUGCAGAAACGGACUCUCUGAGAGCAACUCACGCGCCAAUACAGCUCACACAGCAAUCGGCCUUCAACAGACACACACACACACACACACACACACACACACACGGUCAUCCCUCACUCUCUAACAUGCAUACACGCAGUGAUUUGCCAAACGUCUCAGCUCGCAGACAGACUCGUUCAGAUGCCAGAGGACCAGACAAACCGAGGAAGGGACCCUGAGAGGAAAAGUGUCAAAUGGAUUCUGUGAUCGAACUGUUCAUUCUCUAUAGCUUUUGUACAAUACUGAUUUAAAAAAAUGAAAAAAUGACUAAUUGAAAAAUUGAAUUUUUAUUUUAUAAGUCAAUCAAGCCGCUGGAGUCAGCUCUAUAGGAGUUGUAGAGUCAACCUGGCUUUAAGGCAUCUGAUCUUUGGUUUGCCAAAACUCAUUUUGUAAAUAAUGAUAACAACAACAACAACAACCAUUUGGUCCACCGGACGUCUGUGCCAUAAAAUAGGAAGGCUUCAGUUAUGCAAUCUCUUGACGUUAACCCAAGCAAUACCAACAUAUGUUUUUCUUUUGGUUUGAUUCCCCCUCAAAUACUGUUUCUGUUCUCGUGCAUGGAUGUCGUAGGUCUUUCUCUUAGCCUCACUUACUAAUCCACCUCUAAACCUUGUACCAUGCCCGUUUGUCCCAAGUCCCAUGGCCACAAGUUAUUGUUGUGUCUCUAUGGUUUACGUUAGCCGAACACGAUGUACCACAAUCCUAUGUUGCAGGUGCCGGACAUGGUCUCGCUCUCUGCAGCCCACACUGCUCCUGCCCGCCAUCCCUUUCCCCCGGAACAGUCUUUACACAGCCCUGCUCUGCCCAUUUGUCUGUCUGGUGUUCAGGUGCCAAAACCGCUGCUGUCCGAGCAUCUGUUUCGAUGUGUGUGUGUGUGUGUGUGUGGGCUGCAGCGUCCUCUGCUACAGCUACAUCGACUAUGAUGCCAAUGACUCCCUAUUUUAUGGCCAGAGUCCCCAUGUCACUGGAGAACUCUUUUUGGACUAUGACGUUGAUUAACUUAAAAAUGUGACAACUAGAAGACAAAGCGAAGACGCUGAAUAAAAAGGGAAACGUUGCUGUUUGAGUACAUAACAUUUCUAGACCUAUUUUAACUUUACCUCAGCUAACAGUUUCUUAAUGUAAAUUGACACAUUAUUUUUAUCUUUAUGAAUAUGACAUUCUACAGUGAGUUUUUAGAUGAUUUUUUGGGUUCCUCUCUUGAUUUACGUAUUCCACCAUGUAUUACUGUUACAAAUAAACACAUCCCAAAUGA